CAGAGAUUUGAGAGAUUAUGGCAUCUGAAGCCCACAAUGUUAAAAAACAGAAAGUAUUGCGUAUCGAAGGUCAUCCCAUUGAUCUCCCCAGAAAAAGAAUCUCUUCUUCCACUAAAAAGAUCAUGAAGGAGGGUAAGAAAUCUCCAAAACAGCUGGCUUCAUAUACAAACAGAAUAACAGUCGGAAAAACGGUGACCAGUCCCCUCUCUCUUUUCAAAGUAGUGUACUGUAAAAGAAAAGUUCAUUGUUAUACUCCAAAGCCUUGUUACAGAAAGAAACAGUUCCCUAAAUCUAGGGGCUGUGACAUGGCAAAUAAAGAAAAUGAACUGGCUUGUGCAGGGAAUCUGCCAGCAAAACUGCGCAACGACAGUCGUACACAUUUGCUGAAUUCUAGUGACUCUGGCUCAUCUCAAACAGAAGGCCCCUCAUCCAAAUAUAGUGGAUUUUUUUCAGAGGUUUCUCAGGAUCAUGAAACUAUGGCUCAAGUUCUUUUCAGCAGGAAUCUGAGGCUGAACGUAGCUUUAACCUUUUGGAGAAGGAGAAGUAUAAGUGAACUGGUAGCCUACUUAGUGAGGAUACAGGAUCUUGGAGUGGUAGUAGACUGCCUUCCUGUGCUUACAAACAGUUUACAGGAAGAAAAACCAUAUAUUUCAGUUGGCUGCUGUGUAGAUCUUUUGCCUUUAGUGAAAUCACUGCUUAAAAGCAAAUAUGAAGAAUAUGUGAUAGUUGGUUUAAACUGGCUUCAGGCUGUCAUUAAAAGAUGGUGGUCAGAACUAUCUGCACAUACAGAAAAGGCAGAGGACAGAAAUAUUCAUAUUUUAAAACAACAAUUAAGUGGAUUAUGGGAACAGGAGAAUCAUCUUACUCUGGUUCCAGGAUAUACUGGUAAUAUAGCUAAGGAUGUAAAUGCUUAUUUAUUACAGCUACACUGACAUGAUUGGGAAACUAUGUGUGCUUACGUGGUGAAACAAUCCCCUAAAGUAUCCCUGAAAUACGUACUAUUUCUGAAAGCCUUUUGAGAAAUACUGGCAGAAGAGAACUGAACUGUCAAGCUGUUUAAUGAAACCACUAACAAAAUCCUAACAAUCUACUUCACAUUGAAGUGGAAACAUGUCUAGUAGGAGCAACUUUUACUUCAGUGAGGUGAAAGUGCACUACGAAAACUGUAUGCCUUUGCUGCAUUUGGGAUUCACUCAGUUACUAGGUAUUCAUUUAAAUACUACUGUAUUUUACUACAACAUCGCAUAAAAGAAGAUUAAUUAUCCUGUCAUGAAAACAAGGCAGUGGAACCAGUUAUAAGGAACCAACAAAAGGAAUCAGCAUUACGAGCUUUUAAGUGUUUCUUCCACAAGAGAACUCCAAAAUGCACAACUAUCUUCCAAUUACAUUAAAAAAACACUUUGGAAUAUUUACUUCCACGUUUUAAUCAAAUUAAAGACAAUUUUUGUUUGCACUAUUGAGAAACUAUACAGCAAAAAUGCCUUAAUUACUAGUGUUUCAAAAAGCCAAUGUGUUAAGAUGCAAAUAGCUAUUAUGUUCAGAUUGUGAUGAAAAACUACAAAAAUCAGGGUUUCACAUUGUAUAGUUAAUGAAACAUUGCACGUAUACAAAAAAAUCAUGUAUGAAAAAUACUAUAAAUACCUGAAGUUAAGCUUGGAUAAGCAGUUAUUGCAAAUGUCAGCAGAAUGGUGAAUUUAUGUCUAACAAAUGUUUUUAUAUUGUAUGUGGAUUUCUAACACAGUUACCUUGUUCUGUAUCAUUUAAACUACAUUCAAAUAAGUAAAUGUAUUACAUGUAUCUACUGUUUUUCUUUUCAAGUUCAUAAAACAAUUUAUAGAAUAAUCUCUUCCACAGUACUUUUUAUCAUAGAUAUUUAUGUCUAUUGUUUGAAAUGUUUACAGCCAGAUGAGGCCAUGUUGUUCAAAUCGCACCCUUUUUAUACUACCUCCUUUAAGAAACUGAGAAAGAGCUUUUGCAAAAUUAAUCAAGUUCUAGCUUGAUCAAUGAUGGCAAAUUAAUACCAACAAUAGCAGUGAAAAAAGCUAUAAACUCUUGCUGUUCUGUUGCUAUCCUGUACUAUUUUAAUUUAAAAGCUAUAGUUUAAUAGCUCUGAGGGAGUUUUGAUUUUAGACUUGCGAUUGCCUUCUUUAUUUUGUGAUUAGAAAGUGUGCUUUUCCAAUUAAAACUUAUGAAGUGCCAGCUGUU